CAUUGCUCUGACUCUGCAUUUUCCGUGGGAUUCUAGAUGAAGAAAAGGCCUUCCAUAGAUUUUAUGGAAAGAAUUCAGAAGGAUAUAAAUGCCAGCAUGCGCGCAAUACUCAUUGAUUGGCUUGUGGAGGUGGCUGAAGAGUAUAGGCUUGUACCUGAUACAUUGUUUUUGACUGUGAACUACAUAGAUCGGUAUCUAUCAGGAAAUGUGAUGAACAGGCAAAAACUGCAGCUGCUUGGUGUUGCUUGCAUGAUGAUUGCUGCAAAAUAUGAGGAAAUUUGUGCACCCCAGGUGGAAGAGUUUUGCUACAUCACAGAUAACACCUAUUUUAGGGAGGAGGUUCUGGAAAUGGAAUCAGCUGUUUUGAAUUACUUGAAGUUCGAAAUGACAGCCCCCACAGCAAAAUGUUUUCUUAGACGAUUUGUUCGUGCUGCUCAAGGAAUUUAUGAGGUUCCAUCGAUGCAGUUGGAGUGCUUGGCCAACUACAUCACUGAAUUAUCUCUCCUAGAGUACAGUAUGCUUGGCUAUGCUCCAUCACUCAUUGCUGCCUCUGCAAUUUUCUUGGCUAAAUAUAUACUUCUUCCUUCGAGAAGACCAUGGAAUUCUACUUUGCAGCAUUACACUCUUUACCAGCCUUCAGAUUUGUGUGAAUGUGCGAAGGAUCUCCACCGCCUGUGCUGUAACAACCAUAAUUCUACCUUACCUGCAAUCCGGGAGAAAUACAGCCAACAUAAGUACAAAUUCGUAGCAAAGAAAUACUGCCCUCCUCCUUCAAUACCUCAAGAAUUCUUCCACAACCAAAGCUGCUAAAACAGUUGCAUUACUCUUCCAAUGCUCCGCUGGAAACUUCAAGUGAAAAUCAAUGUUAGUAGCUCUUCUGGUUUCAAGCAAUGGAAUACAUUUGCUCUUUCCUCAUUGUAUCAUUUUUUUCCCUUUUCACCUCCUCUUGAUCUUGUAACAUGCCAGUAGUUUUUCGCUUAUUGGUUUAGGUUCUGCUGAGUUUGCUCUCUUCAGCAAAAAUUUUAGUGCUGAUAAUCUUGUUUGCUAUCCUAGCAUGGCUAUUAGUCCGAUUGUAUCAAGCUGCACCCACUACUGAUAUUUAAUCAAGAAUGGGUACAACACAUACACACUUAGAAAAAGCCUGCACUUCUGCCUAAGGAUUUGCCAUAAUGGCAAUAUAGACAAGGUGGGGACUUGUGUGUGGGUAAAACUUGCAAGAAACAUAUAAAAUCAUUCUAUAUACAUAUAUUUACAA